AUGCCUACGUUGGAAGACAAUAAUGGCGAUGGCCACAUACGCGUAGGUAUCAUGGGCGCUGGUAUCGCCGGCUGCUGCCUCGCUAUCGGCCUCUUGAAGAACCCACGACUGGAUGUUCAUGUCUACGAGAGAUAUAAUGAGACAAAGGCACACGGCUCGGGCCUCGCACUCCACGCCAAUGCCCUCAGGUCCAUGGACUUGAUUUCCCCUGCGAUCAAGAAGGCGUAUUUUAGAAAGUCUCACUACAUGGCCAACGAGGAGGAGAUUGAAAUGGCGACGCAGUUCAUCCUUGCCGCUGGUGACAAUGCUAGCGAACUCGUUGCCGAGCUAGGAAGAGCAAAAGGUCGGCGGACCGUACACCGGGCGCACUUGAUUCAAGGCCUGAUGGAGGACGCCAUCCCCGCUGAGCGAAUUCAUUACGGCAAAAAGCUGUCAAAUAUUGAAGAGGAUCCAAUUACACGCAAGGUUAUUACGACUUUCAAUGAAACGGAAACUGAGACCUUUGACGUCGUCUUCGGGUCUGAAGGAGUGAGCAGCAUUACCAGAAAAUUCAUUUUGGGUCCUAAUCACCCGGCUGCCACUCCGGUAAACCACGAGCAAUGGAGACUGUUCCAUACAUAUGUCAGAAUGGAAGAUGCUAAGAAGGUUGUCCCUAAUGAGUCUAUUGAAAAGGUCCGGACCUACUGUUUGCCGGUCGGCUACAUCAAUGGUAUCCCGGUAGAUCUUGGCCAGACUUUCAGCAUAUGCUGUUAUCAAAGAGACGAGAAGUGCCCUGUGCAGGGAGCACCUUUUAACGCAAAGCUUUGGAAAGGCUACAUGCCCGAAGUCGAUGCACUGAUAUCUUGUCUGGAACGAAGUCCUGGAGAGACGUGGAUCCUUCAGGAUCAUGACCAUGCUCCGACGUACGCAAAGGGUCACGUGGCUAUGAUUGGCGAUGCGGCUCAUGCCACAUUUCCACAUGCUGGAAAUGGCGCCGCUCAGGCUAUAGAGGACUGCGCUGUCCUUGCUGGUAUCUUUUCAAGCCUGUCGAACACUGAUGAAAUCGAUCCGGCACUGCAGGCGUUUGACGUGGUUCGAAGACCGCGCAGCCAGCGCGUCAUUGACAUUACGAGGCGCUUUGGAAUUCUUUACAGCAAAGAGCCUGACGACAUCGAUGUGAAUUCGAUGAAGGCUGAAAUGAAGGAAGGCGGAAUGUUCACCAACGGUGUUGAUAUGGAGGCUCAAGUCAAGACCGCUAUGGACCUUUUUGAAGAAAAGAAGGGAUACAACUAA